GGACACAAAUCAUUCGGUGUUUGCUAGACUCCUACCAGACGUUCCACGCGCGGGUACUUCCAUCUCUAUAAUUUUUAAAAGAGAAAAUCAGAACUCACUAAAUUUAUUUCUAACUGACGAGACGUAAUUUUCCCUUCAGUUCAUAUCAAUUGCGGGUCUUUGGACUCGGUCGUGAAAACUAAUUCACCCAAGUGCGCUUGUGUCUUUUCCGGGAAAAAUCCCGUAUUCGCCAAGAGCAGAUUUUCUCUCCAACAAUUGCGAUAGGGAAAUGAAAAGAGCUGUUGAACACUCCAAUAAUGACUCCACUUUCCCAAUCGAAGAAAGCAAAGUCAAUAAUUUGAAAUCGAUGGGAACUUGUUAUGAAUGGAAGCGUAAGGCAAGAUCAAAAGUCAAGGGAGCUUGCACCGUUGAAUUACUAAGACGGCGGUUCCCCAUUCUCAAGUGGUUACCAAGCUACAAUUGGGAUUUUGCUGUCUAUGAUAUCAUUGCCGGAAUCACCGUCGGUCUCACCACCAUUCCGCAGGGAAUCGCCUAUGCUGCUGUCGCCGGACUGCCGUUACAGUACGGGCUCUACUCGGCUUUCAUGGGAUUAUUCGUCUAUGUAAUUUUGGGGACUUCCAAGGAAUGUUCAAUCGGUCCCACGGCCGUCAUGUCUUUGAUGACGUUCUCGUACGCCAGUGAAGGAGGCCCGAUCUAUUCCACCCUGUUAGCUUUCCUAGCUGGUUGGCUAGAACUAGUAGCAGGACUCUUGAACCUAGGAUUCAUGGUCGAGUUUAUUUCGGCUCCUGUCAUUUCUGGCUUUUGUUCAGCUGCCGCUCUGACUGUAUCGUCGACCCAAGUAAAGGGCCUCUUCGGAUUGAAAUUCAAAGGAUCCUCGUUUAUCGAAACUUGGCGAGGCUUUUUCGAAAACAUAACGAAAUGCAAUCCUUGGGACUCCACCCUGGGUUGCUCUAUGAUAGUAAUACUUCUUCUAAUGCGGAAAUUGACUUCAUUGAAAAAUCUUGGCCCUUUGAAGAAAUUUGGUUUCUUGCGCAGUCGCGCUGUCGAUUCUAGUCUCUGGUUUAUUGCCACAAGUCGCAACGCUAUCGCCGUCAUCGCCGGAUGUUUAGCCGCUUAUUUUUUAGAACAAAAUGGCUCCAAACCUUUCACUCUGACAGGUAAUAUACAAGCGGGUAUUCCCCCGUUUGGUUUGCCACCGUUCUCUGUCAAUCGAACGACCGGAAACACCACUGUUGUUUUGGGGUUUUCCGACAUUUGUUUGGAACUCGGAGCUGCUAUCGGCCUCAUUCCGCUCAUAGCCAUUUUAGAACAAGUUGCUAUCGCCAAGGCUUUUGCGAACGGCAAGAGAACAGACGCCACCCAAGAAAUGAUUGCGCUGGGUGUUGGAACCAUCCUUGGCUCGCUAUUCAGUUCCAUGCCCGUCACCGCUUCUUUUGGAAGGAGUUCAGUGCAAGCCGCAAGCGGGGCCAAGACUCCGCUAACCAAUAUUUACGGCGGCGUCUUGGUUUUAUUGGCUUUGGGAUUUCUCAUGCCUUCCCUGGCAUAUAUCCCGAAAGCGAUUUUGGCUUCUGUCAUUAUUACGUCAGUCAUAUUCAUGGUGGAACUUGAGGAACUAAAGCCCAUGUGGAAGAGCAGAAAGAUCGAACUAUUGCCCUUCGGUGUCACAUUCUUGUGCUGUCUCUUUGUCAACAUGGAAUACGGAAUUCUGAUUGGAGCUGGAAUUCACUUGCUUUUGUUAGCUUACAUAGGAAAUCGACCUCAUCCUGAACUUAUAAGACUGCCGGGAAACGAAGUCACCGAGGAAAGAGUUAUCGUAAAAGCCGACUCCAAUUUGUAUUUCCCAGGAGUCGAAAAGUUUCGCCGAGCGCUCAAUGAAGCCAGUGAGGUGGAUGCUGAAGGGCGAAGUCCUUGCUUGAUGAUUGAUCUCUCCAACUUGACAGAAAUUGACUACAGCGCACUAAAAAUGCUUGUAUCCGUGGCGUCUGAGUGUCACAAAAAACAAUCUGUGCUACAUUUCGUCAAUGCUACUCCUAAGGUUGCCCAAUCUAUUUCUUCUACCCUACCAUCGGCAGAUAUAGCAUUUUUGCCCAAGGUGGAUAAAGAUGACGUAACAAACGAAAUUCAGAUGGAAGAAAUCGCCGCUUAAGCUGCUUUACGGUAUUUAAAAAAAAACAGCUGAUCAAAUUAUGCAAAACAACGUGGAUAACUUAUCGAUAAAAGAUACGUACACGUUUCUCAGUCUAUUAACAGUUCUACUGUAGAAGUUAACACCCUGGAUUGAAAUAGAAGAAUGACGGAGAAAUUAUAGUUCUUAAUGAGGAGAAAACCUAGAAAAAACGCGAGUUCUUUUAAACGCAAUUAUAAAAAAAAACAGUGUUGAGAAAAAUUGUUUCUUAAAUUCAAUUUAUGUAUUGAAGUUCAUUUAAUUGAACUACAUAUCGGUUAGUUAUUGCACCCGUUAGUUUUAUUAGGGGAGAGGGGGGCUAGUUGGCAGGGUCACUUUUUGUGAAUUUAUUUGAAUUUUUUUACCACACGUUUUGCAAAUUGAAUGAAUAAAUCAAAUUCAGAUUUCAAUUCUCUAUGAAUUGAUCGUAUUUGUUACAAUGUUCAUUUACACGAAAUUGUGAAAUCGAGAAAAACUGCAAAAAAAAGUCUUCCAACUUUCCCCACCUACGGGGUAAGUUGGCAGCUGACGAUUCUCCAUUGCUCCAAAAUUUCUAGGUCGAAUUUUGAAAACUUUCAACUCAGCAUCUCGUUAAAAAUCUGUAUGUCAACAUGCCCCUCAAAAUUUCUGACAACCAACCCCACAAGGGUGCUUUUCGAACAAAUAAAUUGAUAACUAAAUGACUUUUUAAUGUAGCAAUGUCAGGUUUCUUUUAAAAAUAAGACAAACAUCAAUUCUUUUUUGCUUGGGUUUUCUGGCACUCUUAGAAUUUUAUACUAUGAGAAAAAUGAAAAAUGCUGAGAGGCCCAAAAAAAACUUUUUGCCGUUUUUUUUUCUUUUUGCUAUAGCUCCUGUUGGGGAAGUCGUAUUCUUUUGAAAUUUUGUAUGAGCAAUCUGGGUGUUGUCUUUCAUGUUUGGUGUAAAAGGCUUGAUUUGGUUUGGUCUGUAAGGGGUCUAACUAGCAAAAUGCCAACUUACCCCACCUGCCAACUAGCCCCUCUCUCCCCUACACUGUAGCCAAAUUGGCUUAAAGGAUGAAUUAUACAUUUAUAUUUCUU